AUGAGGAGAAAGUAUGUAAAGGAAGGAAGAAAAAUGAAAAAAGAAAGCAAGAAGUUGAAAAAGAGAGAAAGAAGGAAAGAAGAAAAGAAGAAAGAAGCAAGGUAGAAAGAAGAGAAGGAAGAAAAGAUGGGAGAAAGGAAGCAAGAAAAGAAAGCGUUUUUCCGAAGAGAAGGAAAAACGAAGGAGAGAGAAGAGAAGAAAGAAGGAAAGCAAACGAAGGAAGAAAAGAAGGAACGAAAGAAGAUGAGAAUGAAAGAGGAAAGGAAGAAAGCAAAUAACGAAGAAUGGAAAAAACAAAGGAAGAAAGAAAAAAAUGGCAGGAAAGAAGGAACGAUACAAGAAAGAAUUAAAGAAAAGCAAAUAAGAACAAAGAAGAAAAGAAAAUUUAAUAAAAAGAGAGGAGAGAAGGAAGAGAAAAGGGAAGGGAAUGAAACAACAUAA